UUGCCUGUCAUUUCAAUGUGACCUGCGUCCGCCAUAUCGGUAUGAUAGGACUGCACGGCUGCAACAUGCGCACAUGCUUAUCAGAGGAACGUACACUUUCACGGGGCGGUAUAAAAGUAAUUCAGAGCUCGAGCCAGCAACUGCUACAAAGAGGUAAAAAUGGCUGAGGACAUUCAGGCCAAACUUGAGAAAUAUCGCACUGCUCCCUUUGAUGCCAGAUUCCCCAACCAGAACCAGACCAGGAACUGCUGGUCCAACUACCUGGACUAUCAUCGCUGCCAGAAAGUUCUGGAUGCCAAAGGAGUGGACACCACCCCCUGUGACUGGUACAAGAGGGUCUACAAAUCACUCUGCCCAUUAUCCUGGGUCCAGAAAUGGGAUGACCAGAGAGAAGAGGGGACUUUUCCAGGAAAAAUCUGAGUGCUAUUUCCAAAGCUGUUUGACUGGAAAGAUAUAAUUGUCUCAGCUAAAUGUUUGUAUAAGUGGUGGGAGUCCACGUGGCUCCAUCACCACCUUUCCACUACUGAUGCUCUGUAACUGAAUAGUCAUUCCUUAAAAAUACCAUGAAAUGUAAAGCAGAUUCUGCAUUAAAGUAUCUCAGGAUAUA